GCACGACGUCGCAGAAGAAGCUCAAAGGUUCUCUUUGUUGCGGUUUUUGCAGGCACCGCGCUCAAGGGCGCCUCGAGAGAGAGUGUGAGAGGACAAUGAAGAAGCGUGGCAGAACCGAAGCUGUCGCCGCUGAUGCCGAUGCCAAUGCCUAUGCCGUCAUCAAGCCGAACAUGGAGUCUCUCCUGGAGGAAGUGAUGGGUGAGAAGCCGGAGGAGCCCGAGGACGAUCCAACAACAGACGCCGUGGAGGAGCCCAGCGCAUCGAAGAUCAUCGUCGCCGGAGCAGGAAUUGAGCAGCGGGAGGAGAGGAAACCGGCGUGGGAGGAUGAGCAUGAUGCUGCCGUGGUGGUGGACCUCAAAGCCGCGAGUCGGCUGAAGAAGCUGCGGACUACCGCGGACGAAUUGGUGAUUCCUGCUUCGGAGUAUGCUGCCCGGUUGCGUGCUCACCAUGCGAAGCUGAACCCGAGUACCGCGUGGGCUGAGCUUCCUUGGCAGAGGAAGAAGCGGCGGCAGGAGGGCGGGGAUGAUUUUGGACUGGGAUUGGGUGCGGAGGAGGACGAGGAGGAGGAGGAGUAUGAGGGUGAGGAGGAGGAGAACCAGCGGGGUUUGUUGCUUGAGCACAGCGACUUGGUAGUGAAGAACAAGGGUCGGCUUCCUCAGGGUCUAAUUGAAGUGUCUCGUGUGAAGGAUGCCAAUAUUGUGGAGCCUUCGGAUGCGGUUGUGCAAUCGGUUGAUUUUCAUAGCAAUGGGCAGCUGCUGCUGACAGCUGGAUUUGAUAAGAAAUUGAGAUUUUUUCAGAUUGAUGGCAAGAGGAACCCUAAGGUUCAAGGUAUAUUCUUGGAAGAUUUUCCAAUUCAUAAAGCCGCCUUUGUACCUGAUGGGUCUGGAGUGGUAGCGGCAGGAAGACGAAACUUCUUUUUUGUGUAUGAUCUACAAGCUGGGAAGGUAGAGAGAGUGAAUUGUAUGGUUGGCCGUGAAGAAAAGAGUUUAGAGAGAUUCGAGGUAUCUCCAGAUGGCAAGAUUGUUGCCUUUACCGGUAAUGAAGGCUAUAUUAUAUUGGCGUCCCUGCGUUCUAGGCAAUGUAUCGGCACUUUGAAGAUGAAUGGUAGUACUAGCCAUCUCUCAUUUGCAGCAGAUGGGAAAGAAUUACUCAGUAUUGGAGGCGACGGUGAGGUUUAUCACUGGGAUUUGAGGACUCGGAGAUGCAUCCACAAGGCACCAGAUGAAGGGUGUGUUAAAAAUACGGCGUUGCAGGUGUCGCCUGAUAGUAAAAUUUUUGCAACGGGAUCAAGUGCCGGUGUUGUCAACUUGUACAAUAGAGAGAGUUUUCUUGGCGGCGUCCGGAAGCCAUUGAAGGCAUUUAUGAAUUUGACAACGUCUGUGGAUAACUUGAGAUUCAGUCCUGACUCACAGAUCCUGGCCAUCAGUUCUCGUAUGAAGAAAGAUUCAGUACGCCUGAUUCAUGUUCCAUCCCAGACGGUGUUUUCGAAUUGGCCCACCCUAAAGACACCGCUGCAGUAUGUUCAUUCCAUGGCCUUCAGUCCAGGAGGAGGUUACUUCGCAACUGGAAAUGGGGCUGGUAAGGCACUGCUAUUCAGGCUUCGCCACUAUGAUCAUGCUUAGUCUCGCUCAGAAGGUAGUAGUCAAGAGGCAGCGUUUGCAGUGCAUUUUAGAACCAGCAAUUAUUGACAGAGCCACAACUUUUAUCAACCGAGACCUGGUAAGUAGAGUGAGUUGGGAGUGUAUCGGUAUCAGUACACCCUCUGGUUGUUGUGGCUCUUGAUCAGGGGAUCGUUCUGGGUGUAAAUUCAAAGGAGCCAUUAACGAAACAUUCAUGGAAUUAGAGAACCCAGGUUGAAGAAAUGCUCACCCUGUUGGUUCCACCAAUAGCCUGGACUUCAGUAUCAGGCAAAAACCCUGCGAGGCUAUGAAGAUGAUUCUUAGAGGAUCUAAGUUUAUGGACGGUCGUUUAAUAUGUUUUUGACUAAGGGAGCUGUGAAACAGUUGUAAUGAAAUCAGGCAAAUGAGCAUUCGUUUCCUACGAAUCUCAACCGUUUGUGUCCUGUUA